UCCAGAAGGAGGGUUUCUCUCCAGAAGGAGUGUUUUAGUACUCGGAGUAUCACCGCAGACUCUUUGUGUAUUUAGCUUCGCGCUCUGAGCCUCGCAGGACUCCGUAGCGGACCCAGAAGUGAGCUGAGCGGGAUCGGUUUGUUUACAUCAGAGCGGCACGUUGUGGUGUUGUUGUUGUUUGUUUGUUGAUGAUUCGGUAAUAAGAGCGGUAGGAUCCGAUGGAGUCCCUGCAGCUGUUCCUGGAUCAGUUCCAGCCCUCCGGAGAGGCCGAGUCUCUGUGGCUGCAGCAGAUGUUCAGCUUCGUCUCAGAUCACCUCUCUGGCCCCGCCCCUCCUGCUGAUGACACCUCACUGACAGGUGUGUACCAGCUGAGUGUGUGUGUGGUGAAGCAGCUCCAGCAGAGUUGUGUCACUCACAGCUUACCUGUCAGCUACAGGCCGGUGUGUGUGUCCGAGCUGCUCUCACGGCAACACCUCUCCUGCUUCAGUCACCUGUCCUGGAGCACCAAUCAGCAUCGAGCGUGGGUCCGGGAGGCGGAGCUCUCAGCGCCGGGUCAGGUGUUGCCGAGGGUCAGCCUGCUGCUGAUUGGCUGUCUGAGAGAGGGGCGGGACGGAGAGUGGAGGCUGACGGACAGCAGCGGCAGCGUGAGGUGUGAGGUGAGUGGUGCCUUCAGGGACCUGUUGAGUGGUGCCUUCAGGGACCUGGUGAGUGGUGCCUUCAGGGACCUGUAG